CAUCCAUGAGCUGAGGAGCAAGGUGUCAGAGGAACACGAGGUCAUCAAGAAGAAGGAGCUGGAGACUGGUCCCAAGGCCUCCUAUGGCUAUGGGGGCAAAUUUGGAACAGAGCGGGACCGAAUGGAUAAGUGCGCAGUGGGCCACGAGUACAUUGCUGAUGUUGGGAAGCACUCCUCACAGACGGAUGCAGCCCAGGGCUUUGGGGGGAAGUAUGGAGUCCAGCGGGACCGAGCUGACCAGUCAGCACUGGGCUUUGAAUACAAGGGUGAGGUGGAGAAACACUCAUCCCAGAAAGAUUACUCCAAGGGCUUCGGUGGCCGUUACGGUGUGGAGAGGGACAAGGUGGACAAAGCGGCAGUGGGAUUCGACUACAAGAGCCAGGCAGAGAAGCACAACUCUCAGAAGGACUAUUCUGUGGGCUUUGGUGGGAAGUUUGGAGUCCAGAGGGAUCGUCAGGACAAGAGUGCCCUUGGCUGGGACCAUCAGGAGGAAGUACAACCCCAUGCAUCCCAAACAGACUAUGUGAAGGGAUUUGGAGGCCGUUAUGGGGUCCAGAAGGACAGAGUAGAUAAGAGUGCUGCUGGCUUUAAUGAGAUGGCAGCUCCCACCUCCUUGUAUGAGAAAACAAGACCACUGGAGGCAGCUUCCAUUGGCACCAGCAGCCUGCGGUCACGAUUUGAAAACAUGGCUAAGUCAGCAGAGGAGAAGAGCAGAAGGCAGGCAGAGGAGGACCGGGCAAGGUGGCAGGCUCAGGAGUGCCAGGUGUCUCAGUGGAAGCAGGAAAUCCCACAGAGAGAGAAGGACCACACAGAGGCAGCCCCUGCCACUGUGCCAGCAAGGGUGCCCGGGAGUGCUGACCAAGACAGGCCUGUGUCACAAGGAGAACAGGAGGCAAAAAGGGAGGAUGAAGAAACACCACCCACUUUGCCACCAAGGCCAGCAGAUCUGGGCAAAGAGCUGUGCAAGAUCCCCAGCCAGGAUCAGCCCGAUCAGCCCAUCUACAGUGAAAGUUUGGAUGUCAGUGGAGACUAUGAGGAGCUGCCAGAGCCCUCUGACUACUGUGACAGUACCAAUGGAGGUGCUGACUAUGAGGAGCUGCCAGCACCCUUGGGAAAGCUCGAUGCCAUCUACGACCAUGGAGGAGAUGGAGGUGAGGACUAUGAGGAGAUCCUUCCUGAGGAGCCCAGCCAGAGCCAGCCCCACCUGGGGGAAAUGGACAAUGUUUAUGAGGUGGAGAGCCCUGGGACCUGUGCAGUGGCUCUCUAUGAUUACCAAGGAGAUGGAGAUGAUGAGAUUUCUUUUGAUCCUGAUGACACAAUCACACACAUCGAGAUGGUAGAUGAAGGAUGGUGGCGGGGGCAGUGCCAGGGCAAAGUAGGCCUCUUUCCAGCAAAUUAUGUGAAGCUUCUGCAGUGA